AUGAAAUCACUUCACCGGUUUCUUCUAACCCUCAUAAUCCUUUUACACGUGUGGCUGACUGCGGCCGAAGUUACCGACAACCAGAAAUCAUUUUUGCUGCAGUUGCACAAUGAGUUACGGAAGCAGAUUGUUCAAUGCAUGCUUCCUGGUCAGCCUCCUGUGAAUGGAGCCCUAUUGGAUUUGCUGAAGCUAUGGCACGAUGGCCUGGCUGUGAAGGCCGAGGAGUGGUCAACCCAGUGUUCUAAAGGACAUGAUGAACGAACCAAGAGAAUUGUUGCUCCAUUCCGUAGUGUUGGCCAAAACUACGCAGGCGGUUACCAGGUAGAAACUGGAAAUUACAAAGGUGCAAAACCAUACAAAAAGGGAACAGCGGAAGAUUGUCAGAAAAUUGCAACAAGUGGACAACCCUUCCAAAAGAUCCGAUCAGGUUUUGUGGGUUCAACAAUCAUGAGAAUUCCUACGGCUAAAUCCCGCGGCGUGGUUUCAACAACUAUCAUCACUCCCAACAAUCACUUACGCAGUAUGAAGUCAACAGCUAUGGUCCUUGCAGUGGACAAAUCACGUGGAAUGAUCUUUAGGAUCGAAAAUCUGCCGGGAACUUUACGUGGCAACGGUUCAACACCAACGGUUGCACCAACGGGUAACUCAGUUGGCAUGCAUUCAACAAAAGACAAUACUAUAACACAGGAGAAAUCAUUUUCCAGAUCCUCAGCCGCUGUCAGAACUACCGUAGUCUCGUUUCUCACUUUACUUUUUUCUCAUUUAAUACUGGCUUCGUUUUAA